GUUGAUGCUGAGAGAGGAGGCACCCAGCGCUCCUCCUAAGAACAUGGUGGCGUCGGGUCGUACCAACCAGUCUAUCAUGGUCCAGUGGCAGCCUCCCCCAGAACCACAGCACAAUGGACUGCUCCGAGGAUACGUCCUCAGGUAUCGUCUGGCAGGUCUACCAGGAGAGUACCAAGAGAAGAAUAUCUCUAGUCCAGAGACGAACUACUGUCUCCUAUCAGACCUCAUAAUCUGGACUCAGUAUCAGAUACAACUGGCUGCCUACACUGCUGCAGGCCUGGGGGAGUACAGUACUGCUGUUACUGAGUACACACUACAGGGAGUCCCCACAGCGCCCCCGCAGGCUGUAGAGGUAACAGCAGUCAGCUCCUCCGCUAUCAGAUUCACCUGGAACCCUCCGCCUCAGCAGUUCAUCAACGGGAUCAACCAGGGAUACAAGUUGCUAGUCUGGCCAGAGCACUCCCCCGAGGCUGUAACCAUAGUGACCAUCACCCCCGACUACCCCGGUUCCCGCCUCACCGGAUUGGUUGUUGGACUAAGGAAGUUCACCUGGUAUCUAGGCUCCACCCUCUGCUUCACCACACCCGGCGAUGGACCCAAGAGCCCUCCCAUACUGCUACAGACACACGAAGACACUCCAGGUCCGGUGGGUCACUUGAGCUUCACUGAGAUCCUGGACACGUCUCUGAGGGUGAGCUGGGCAGAGCCUAAAGACAAGAACGGCAUCAUCACAGGUUAUGUGAUAUUGUGGUGUGUUUCUGGGUCAGCAUCGGGGUCAGGGUCGGAGGGCAAUGCGUCCUGUGAGGAGCGAGCUCUCUCUAACUCUACCCUGCAAUACAAGGUCACCAGCUUGACCUCUAUGACAUCGUACGCCCUGGAGGUCGCCGCCAUGACAGCGGCAGGAAGAGGCGUGGCCACCACCUCCACCAUCUCCUCUGGAGUUCCACCAGAGCUUCCUGGUGUGCCCUCUAACCUGGUCAUCUCCAACAUCAGCCCUCGCUCCGCCACUCUAAGGUUCCGUCCCGGCAGCGAUGGGAAGACGGUCAUCUCCAAAUGGAUCGUAGAAGGACAGGUGGUGAGAGAGAGGGUGGAGAGAGGGAUGGGAAGGAGGAGGAGUGGAGAGUCGUGUAUGAGAGAGAGAACAGAGAGAAGCAGCCUGAUGUCGACUCAAUGGAAAUACCAGACCUCCGCCCAUUCACACUGUACAGGUUCCGAUUGCGCCAGGAGAACAUUGUGGGCUCCAGUCCCUCUAGCACCCCCUCCAGGAUGAUUCAGACACUGCAGUCGGCCCCCGACACACCCCCUAACAACCUCACCCUGGUUACAGCCACACAGACCAGCCUCACACUACGCUGGGCGGUAAGACACACCCCCUAACAACCUCACCCUGGUUACAGCUACACAGACCAGCCUCACACUACGCUGGGCGCCGUUACCGGUUUCUGAGUAUAAUGGUAGUCCAGAGACGGUGGG